GAACAUUCCAAAACCUCAAAAACAGCUGCGAAUCCUCCUCUCUCUCUGUUUGGUUCGUUUCAUUUUCUCGGAAAAAUCAUGGUGAAGGGUCCAGGUCUCUACUCCGAUAUUGGGAAGAAAGCCAGAGAUCUUCUUUACAAGGAUUACCAGACUGACCACAAGUUCAGUGUCACCACCUACACUUCCAAUGGAGUUGCAAUCACUUCAACUGGGGUUAAGAAAGGUGAGCUGUUUUUGGCAGAUGUGAGCACUAAGCUGAAGAACAAGAAUAUCACAACUGAUGUGAAAGUUGAUACUAAUUCCAACCUUCUUACAACUAUUACCAUUGAUGAACCUGCACCUGGACUGAAGAUGAUAUUUAGCUUUAUUGUCCCCGAUCAGAGAUCUGGGAAGUUGGAACUGCAAUACCAGCAUGAAUAUUCUGGAAUAAGCACUAGCAUUGGAUUGACAGCAAAUCCGAUUGUUAAUUUCUCUGGUGUGGUGGGAAACAAUGUUCUAUCUCUUGGAACUGAUCUCUCAUUUGACACUGCAACUGGAAACUUCAACAAAUGCAAUGCGGGCCUUAGUUUCACCCAUGCUGACCUCAUUGCUUCCCUGAAUUUGAAUGAUAAAGGUGACACUCUUAGUGCGUCCUACUAUCACAUUGUCAGCCCAUUGACUAAUACAGCUGUGGGAGCAGAGCUGAGUCAUAACUUUUCAAACAAUGAAAACUCUCUGACAAUUGGAACGCAGCAUGCUCUUGACCCCUUGACCACAGUCAAGGCUCGGGUGAACAACUAUGGAAGAGCAAGUGCUCUCAUUCAGCAUGAGUGGAGUCGAAAAUCUCUCUUCACCAUAUCAGGAGAGGUGGACACCAGAGCAAUCGAGAAGAGUGCUAAGAUUGGAUUGGCCUUGGCACUCAAGCCAUAGGCUGAGUUACUAUUCUUGUAUGAGCGAAAGGCAAACCUUCAUUUUGAAUAGGGGCCUAGCUAAACUUCCACGAAAUGGCCACGGAUUCCAAAUAAUUACUGAUUCGUUGUUAUGGAGAUGAAUUCUAUUUUGAGGGGUUCCUGAUGGAUUGGAUUUGAGUCUGGUUUCCUUUCUAGUUCCACACAGCUUGGAUUGAUAGGGAUGCAGUGUUAUUUGAAUAUGCAGGACAAUUACUGAUUCGAGGUUGGCUUGUCUAAUUAUGGAGAAAUGCAUUAAAAUCUUAUCUCCAAGUUCCUGAAAUAGGGUUUAUUUUUUUUUUUUCUUUUUGGGUCGGCAAGAAGUGUUUGGAA